ACAGACAGACGGUAGGGCACACUGCUCUGGUCUACCAGAGCACACACACCUACACACACAAACCCACACACCCUCCCUCUCCCCAGGACACUGAGCAACCCCUCACCAUUGGCCAGGUCCCCUAGCCCUCAGCAUCUCCAUCACGGCUGAAGGGACCAUUCGGAAAAGCAGGAGACAGAGGUGGAUGAUGAGGAUGUUGGCGAGGCUUGUCUUGGGACUCUUCGUCCUCAAAGCGGUGGUGGCUAGCCCCAGAUUUGCCCGGCAGUUGGAAUUAGACUCAUACGAAAGCAGCAACUAUGAUGAAGGACCAGAAAACUUGAAUGGGGAGAAUGUCUAUGAGUAUGGAAAUCAACUGACCAUUGAUGAACCCCAGAUAGAAAUCGGCACACUGGCCCCACCAGACUAUAGCAUUCCUGCAUCAAUGGAAGAGGAAGAAGAUUUGUCCCAAAAACCCCAGCUUAUCCCCCAAGGCUCAGGGGGGUCCGGAUUACUCAUGGGCCCCAACACACAGGGAGAGGAGGAGCUGCGCCUGAGUCCCAUUGACAUCCUUCAUAUCUCCGGGGACAGUGAUUGUUCUACAGGUUCUAGAGAUUUCGAUGGAUCUGGAUCCCUUGUAGUUUCCUGUUCUGGGAAACAUUUGGGUUCUGGAGGCUCUGGGGGUUCUGGUGACAUUGGUUCUGAGGUCUCGGGGGAUUCUGGAGAUUUUGUUUCCGGAGACUCUGGAGCUUCCGUAGACCUUGUUUCCGGAGACUCUGGGAAUUCCGGAGACCUUGUUUCUGGAGACUCUGGGGAAUCCGGAGACCUUGUGUCCGGAGACUCUGGCGAUUCCGGAGACCUUGUUUCCGGAGACUUUGGGGUUUCCGGAGACCUUGUUUCUGGUGACCCUGGGAUUUCCGGAGACCUUGUUUCUGGAGACUCUGGCAUUUCCGGGGAGAUUGUUCCUGGAGAAUCUGGGGUUUCUGGAGACUUUGUUUCCGGAGACUCUGGGGUUUCUGGAGACUUUGUUUCCGGAGACUCUGGGAUAUCCGGAGACUUUGGGGUUUCCGGAGACCUUAUAUCCGGAGAAUCUGGGGUUUCUGGAGACCUUAUUUCAGGAGACUCUGAGGUUUCCGGAGACAUUGUUUCUGGAGACCUUGUCUCCGGAGAUUCUGUGGAUUCGGGAGACCUUGUUUCUGGAGAGUCAGGAGUUUCCGGAGACCUUGUUUCCGGAGAAUCUGGGGUUUCCGGAGACCAUGUUUCCGGAGACGAUGAAAUUUCUGGUCCCAUAUUACUUUUUGGAGAGGAGGAGCUGCCCCUCAUUCCCACCAUUACACCCCAGGAGGCCUCAGGUUCUCCUGGGGAAUCAGGGGUCUCAGGUGAUUCAGGGAUCCAAGAGUCUGAAGACUUUGGCCCCACUGUGCCAGGGGUCACAAUAAUCCCUGACACUGAAAAAGAGGAUGAGCUGUUCCUGCCUACCACAGAAAUUCCCCCGGAGUCUGGAGGUAAAGUAGACUCAGGUCCCUCUGGGUACCCAGAGGUUGACUUGGACAUUAAAGGUAUGCCUACUUGCCUGCUCUGCACCUGUCUGGGUAGCUCUGUCUACUGUGACGACGUGAAGCUGACAACCGUGCCGCCUCUCCCGAAAGAGACCACUCACUUCUACGCUCGCUACAACCAAAUUACCAUGAUUAACAAGGGCGACUUCGCUCAGAUGAACAAACUGAAGAGGAUUGACCUGACCGCUAACGCGAUUAAGUUAAUUGCUGACGACGCGUUCUCCGGUCUGCCUGCGCUGGAAGAGCUGGUGCUUCGAGAGAACAGCCUGGCACAUCUUCCCGCUAUGCCAACCACAAUGACCCUAAUUGAUGGCAGCCACAACAACAUUGGAGCCACAGGGAUCCACAAAGAGGCUUUCAAGGACAUGACGGGCCUGCUCUACCUGUACCUGACUGACAACCACAUCAACCAUAUCCCUGUGCCCCUACCGGACAGCCUACGCUCACUGCACCUACAGCGUAACAACAUUCAGAUGAUGCACGAGGACACGUUCUGCAACCUGAAAGACUUCAACUACAUCAGAAACUCACUGGAGGACAUUCGCCUGGAUGGCAACCCAAUCAACCUCAGCAAUACCCCACAGGCCUACAUUUGCCUGCCCCGCGUCCCCAUUGGUGCCCUCAUCUAACCACACACGCCAUCAUACCCACAAAACUCUUUAGUCUGUCACAUAUGUA